AUGCGGGAUAGUACCAGUGAAAGCAUGACCACCAUUGUGGACGAUCCGAGACCACCUGGCAUCAUGGCAUCGUCAACUACAAGAUCUGAAAGCCCAGCGCGCAUUUCCACGAUCGUGCCGAGCGGGAGCGCAAACGUGCCUGACGAAGACAAGCUCGGCCCGGUAGGAAACGAUGCAGGGGGAGCAUUGACUCUAACCGAUUUGUCGAUCACAGCAAGUAGUCCAAUCGGGUCUUCUACGGAUUUCGGGCGGAGAAGUAGUGAACUUAAUACUCCCGCCGGCACCGCUUCACUUGUGCAGGGUAGAAGCUUCUACGAAAAGUGGUUUUGGAAGCUGACGGACCUGCGAUAUCACGAACUGUAUCACACCGUGAACUUCGACGAGCGAUGCUCCCUCGGGAAGUUAACGACGCCCGUUCCAGAGUACUUCCGCAAACCCACGAAAGAUGAAGAGCUGAGCAUUCUUCGUGAGGCAACGAGGAUCAACCGCGAACACUACAACUCUACCAGAGUGUCCCUCGAGUUGAGCUCGCCCGAGGAAAGACUCAUCGUGAUGGGCGACCUCCACGGCUCUGCAGAGGUGCUCGCGGAUACCUUAAGCAGAAACAGGUUCCCGCUGCUUAGCAGGUUCCUCCUUCUGGGAGAUAUCGUGGACUCGAAAGAGCCUACCCAAGCAGCCAAGGAGCGGGAUAUGCUGUGUGGUGUCGCCGCUGGUAUUGCAGCAUAUGGCGCGGAGCAGAGAUUUGUAGUGUUACGCGGGAACCACGAGCACGGUCGGUGGACUUUGCGGCCCAACAUCUGGGACACGGAGAUUCGCGACGCGUACGAAGAGUUUUUGUUGUCACUCCCACUGUGGGUGACGAUUCAAGGCGAGGUAUUAGUUCGCAUGAUGUACCUGCUUGCUGUGCUUAGUGUUGUUGCCUCGCAGGUCCUCGGCUUUGCAUGCUUUCUGUGUGUGCAAUGAAUGCGACCGUGGGCCGAGGAUUGCGCGGCGUGUAUAGUAGAUACACCACAAAGACUUCCUCGCAAGAUUUGUCGACAAGGAAUGUUGUGAACGAAGCAUUUACGGCACCUCCGGUUUGCUCAAAAUCUAUAAGAUAAAGAUUAUCUGAUUCUGAAUCACGGGCAAUCUGAUCUCAAUAAACAGGUUUUUGCAGUGCACGGGGGGUUCCCGCCACAGUCGUGCUUUGAAGAUGGUUCUUCGCGGCUUAGAAUCAUUCCAAACACGUGGGAAGAGGUUUUGGAACACGAUCCACAUGCCGACACGUUAUGGCGUCGGGAUGUGCCGUUUCACAACGGACCCAACUUUGACGACGCUAUGCUGCAAAAAGUUUCCGCGCCCUCUCGUUCCAGCUCUGAUUUCAUUGAUAAGAAACGGGAGGCCAGAAAUAUAUUUCAAGUACGAAGAUUAUUGAUCUCCUGGAUUUUUGUUUGGAUGUGAAAAUUAAUAAAGAUCAAAACAGAAGCGGAAGCCUCUCUUCAACCUUCCUUGUUGAAAGGAAGUUCUAUUACCUGAGCACGGCUCAUGAAGCAUGCGAAAGCUUUCUAGAAAACAGAAGAUGAGGUCUUUAUGGAGCUCCGUCUUAUUAUGUGCAAAACUUACUCUGUCUUUCCGUGAGAAUCUGCUGUUCACAAAAGCAGAGCAGGCAUGAGAGCUUCAGGCUUUUCGAUUGGUUUUGUGGACAGGUAGCACGACGAGGGGGUGCUUUUUUCGUUCAUAAGGAACAUUGCGCUGUCCAACGGGUUUAAAGCGACCGGAACGAAGGUUAUGUUCCGAGGGCAUGACAUGCCGGAUUGCGGCGAAGCGAUGGAGCCAAGUCGCGACGGGAAAGUGCUCACAUUGCACUGUCUGGCUAACCAGCACGGGCAGACUUAUGCGAGAGUCCAGUACUGAAACGUUGCUUUGUUGAUUUUGAUGUAAGUAUAUGAAAAUGUGACUAUUGCAAUAUUAGAAAGAUGUGAUGAAUAAAAUAGGACGAUUCCCAUGUUUUCAGUUUUCUGCACAUUCAUCAAAAUGUCUACGAAGGUAUCUUUCUCGUCCUGAAGUGCGCGAAGCGAUGCGAGAGCAAUGGCACACCGACGCGUAUUACAGCGGUGACCCGCCACGCAUUUACGUCCACGACAACAUGAACUCGCGCUUGGAGAAAUUGCUCGUUCGCGUGGAACUCCUGCCCGGGUCGUUGCCCUUGGCGCACACGAGUUCGCAGGGAGAGACACAGCCGUCUUCAGAACAGCCUUCCGCCAAUCAUGCGUUUGAACACGAGGACCAACAGGAGCCUGCUGCGGCAGCGGCGGAUCAGCCUCCGCACGGUGGAAUUGUGAACCCAACUACGUUAGCACACGACGAGACAGCAGAGGACCCUGGUUGCGUUGCACCGCAUGUCGUUGAACCCGAGGACUCCGAGCACGGAACGCAACAGGACGAUGUAGGUCAGUUCCCGGACGAGCCAGCAAGCGCUACGUCGUCUUCUUCGGGAACCCCGGCUCGGCUGCGCCCGCAACUGCGAGAUAUACUGGAGCAGCACAGCAGCAAGAGAAUUGCAAAUAUCGAGGCGAAACUCGACGCUAGCUCCCGCAUUCAGCCGACUUCUCUAUUUGGUUUGCCACAAGCAGAACGUGAUUCCGGAUCUGCCGCGGAAGCUGAGAAUGAGCACAGCAAUGUGAAAACCUCGGUGCGUUCGCAGGACGGUCUUUUUCUUGGCGACGAAGUUAUCGACCCCCACGCGAUCCUGGACUACAACAAGGGAACAGCGUCACUUGCCGGCGAGAACGGAGGCAGAGCCGGCCAGUACCACGGUGAAACAUCACUGUCCCCCGAGGAACCGAGGCUGGACGACCACCACGAGGAGCUGGACGACCACAACGAGGACCGACAUUCACAGCCAGAAACUGGUCGAGCCGUCGCACUACUCGAAGAACAAAGAAUUCGUGAACCUGCUUCCCAGGGUGAUGCGGAUUUCCCCGUUUCCAAGGACGCAGACGGUGCUGCAAGCGGGGCGAGCAUUCUAACGAACCCUGCAGAAAACCAAGACGCGGGAGGGUCGAGCUCUCUAACCAACGCCGCUGCAAAAGCGUUAGUCGGCGACCGAGAUCCAGUUUCAGCCCAGAAGAACACGAAAAGGCGCUCCUCCUUCCUAGACUUUCAGAAUGUGUCGGCCGUCGGGAAGACGAGCCAGUUGUUUUUUGGAGGAGACUGCAGGCUGAAUUCAGGAGGCGGGCCGGCUUGGAACGGACGUGGAACCGCGUCUGUUCCGAUGCCGUUGCCAACCGCGGCAACGCCGGAUGUCCCGCUUUUUCACGUCAACAGUGGAUCUGUACAAGACGAUGAAACCAACGGUACAUGUGAAGAACAUGAAGGAGAUGCUGAUGCCACUGCUUUCCAUGCGGCUGCUGGUGCGCCUUCGUCACGCACCCCUUCGACGACCACGGCCACUCGGAGUAAGGAAGCGGCCUCCUCGCGGGGGAGCAAAGAAAUGGACAACAUUGAGUUAGACGAUGAAGCAAUAGGGGUAGCGUCCGCCGGCUUGUUCGACUCCUCAACACGCUGGAACUGUGACAGCGCACCAUCAGGAGACCAAGGCGCGGAAAGUGACGAGGAGAAGGAGCAACCAAGCCUCGGGCUUGCGCUCCUUCUCAUGGCGCAGAUCAUGAGCAGGCCAAACUACCAGGAAGGCGGUGGCGAGGGCGUUCAUCGCCAGCAGACAGCGCGGCCCGAAGAAUGA